CGCCUGCGGUGCGCCCCUGGCCGAGGCGCUCAGGACCGGCCUGUACUACUCAGGCCGCGGUGGUUCCUGGGAAAUGUAGUCGUCUGACGUCCGUGGGCUCUGUCGCUGUGUGCGCAGGCGCAGGGGGAGGCACCGCGUGCGAGGGGCGCUCCCCCAUCGUCCCCGUAGGCCGCGGUGGGUCCUGGGAAGUGUAGUCGUCUGAGGCCCAAGGCCUGGUGGGGAUCAGGUCCCAGAGGCUCUGGCAGGAGGAGUUUGCUGGAGGCUCGCGGCGGAGUCCGCGGACGCAGAGCCGGAAGUCGGGCUUGCGUGGGCCCCGAAGUGUGUAAAGCGGCCGUCCCUGGCGCUGGGACCGAGGCAGGUGUGGGCGUUCUCUGGGCGUCCAGGGCCGAAGGCAGGUCUGCGGCCCGAGACCGCCUCGCCCACCGGAGGCGCCGCCGAGGAAGCGCGCGGUCCUGUGACCCAUUAAAGGGGAAGGAGGCGCCAAGGGGGCGGGAGGGCGGAGGGCGCUGUAGCCGCGCGCUCCGUGCUGCGUCCGCCGCAGCUGAGCCGUCUCUUUUCCGGCCCUGCCGCCUGUCUUUCCGGGUCCUGCCGUUUCCCCGUCCCGCCGUGAGCUAUGUCUCGGGUAGGUUGCAGUCUCCUUCUUGCUGAGUGUGGCUGCGUUCUCUGGGCCGUGGGACCGAAGCUCUGCUUCUCCAGAACCGUCCCGCCCCGGGUCCUGCGCUCGGGCUCUCGCAUCUACCUGGACCGGAGGGGGCGGGCGGGGGCGAUGACUCUUCCCUCCUUCGCGCGGCGUUGGGGAGAGGAUGCUCCGCUGCCCUCGGCACCACGACUUUACUAAGCCUCCGUCCGCAGCACAGGCGUCAGCGGUCUCAGAGUCUGGCCCCCGGACCAGCAGUGUCAGCAUCUCUGGAGAACUUCUUGAGUCAGUGACAUUCAGAGAUGUGGCCAUUGACUUCUCCCAGGAGGAGUGGGAGUGGCUUCAGCCUGCUCAGAGGGAUCUGUACAGACAUGUAAUGUUGGAGAACUAUAGCCACCUUGUUUCACUGGCAGGUCUUAACAUUUCUAAGCCUUAUGUGGUUUCCUUAUUGGAGCAAGGAAAAGGGCCCUGGCUGGAGAAAGGAGAUGUGAGAAGAGAUCUGUAUUCAGAGUCUCAUGGUGAGAUCAAAGAAUUUUCUCCAAAUAAUGUCAUAUGUGAAUAUGAUUCAUCCCAGUAUUUGGUAGUGGAAAGAAUUCUUAACCAAGACCCUGACCAUUCCAGUUUUAAAGGAGGCUGGAAAUGUGAAGAAGAUACCCAGAUGCAAGGAAAUCAGGGAUGUAUCAGGCAAGUGACAGACUCUCAUUCAGGAGCCCUGUCUCAGCACAUGAGUAUCAAUACUGUGGAGAGACCCCAUGGAUGUCAUGAGUGUGGAAAAACUUUCAGUCGGCGCUUUUCCCUUGUGUUACACCAAAGAACUCAUACUGGAGAGAAACCAUAUGUGUGUAAGGAAUGUGGCAAAACCUUUAGCCAGAUUUCAAACCUUGUGAAACAUCAGAUGAUACAUACUGGAAAGAAACCCCAUGAGUGUAAGGACUGUAAUAAAACAUUCAGUUACCUCUCAUUCCUCAUUGAACACCGGAGAACACAUACUGGGGAGAAACCCUAUGAAUGUACUGAAUGUGGAAAGGCCUUUAGCCGUGCCUCAAACCUCACACGACAUCAGAGAAUUCACAUAGGAAAGAAACAGUAUAUAUGUAGGAAAUGUGGGAAGGCCUUUAGCAGUGGCUCAGAACUCAUUCGCCACCAGAUUACACAUACUGGAGAGAAACCUUAUGAAUGCAUUGAAUGUGGGAAGGCAUUUCGCCGUUCUUCACACCUUACUCGGCAUCAGAGCAUCCAUACUACCAAAACUCCCUACGAAUGUAAUGAAUGUAGGAAAGCCUUCCGUUGCCACUCGUUCCUUAUUAAACAUCAGAGGAUUCAUGCUGGAGAAAAGCUCUAUGAGUGUGAUGACUGUGGUAAAGUUUUCACAUGGCAUGCAUCUCUUCUGCAACACAUGAAAAUUCACACUGGAGAAAAGCCCUAUGCAUGUACUGAGUGUGAUAAAACAUUCAGUCGAAGCUUCUCCCUUAUUCUCCAUCAGAUAACUCACACUGGGGAGAAACCCUAUGUAUGUAAGGUGUGCAGUAAGUCCUUCAGCUGGAGCUCAAACCUUGCCAAACAUCAGAAAACACACACUGUAGAGAACCCCUAUGAAUAUGAAAAUUCAUUUAAUUAUCACUCAUUCCUUACUGAACAUAAAGGAAUUCGCUCUAUAGAGAAACCCUAAGAGUGUAUGGUUUAAGAAAAAAAAAAACAAACAGUUCAUGCCUUACUUUGGAUUUGAGAGGACUCCCAGCAAGAAGCCUUAAGUGCAUAUGUUGAAUGUGAAGAGAAUGGGUUAUACUUGAUUCAACAUCCUGGAGAAAAAAGUCACACAGGAAUAUGUGGGAAAGCCAUUAAUAGCUGCACAUUCUGUAACAUCAGAAGAUAAAAUCAGUCAGUACUGAGAAGACUUCAUUGGUAGGAUUCCCGCACUCUACAUUUAUAAAUUCCUACCAGGAAAGGAUACAUGGCCAAUAAAUGUGAGAAAGCUUUUAAUUGGAAAUUGGCCCUAAUUCUGCAUCUGUCAGCUCAAACAGGACAGAGUGUGUGGACAAGAGUGCAUUAUUUCCUGGACAUCAGAAAAUUUAUAAUGAAGCAUAGUCUUACAGAAGCAGUGAUUUGGCAAUGUCUGUGUACCAUGCAAUAUUUAUUAAAUUUGAAAAUACUCUUCUAAGGAGAAAGAGCAACCCUAUAAAUGAAUAGAAGUUGACUUUCUGCUUUAUUUCCGAACUGCAGAAUUAUACUGGGAAGCAAACUACCAUCGUAAGGAGUGUGGCAAAAUCUUAGGAGUCCUGAGACAUCCUACUGGAGGGAAUUUGGGGGAGAUGAUUUUUGUUUGUUUUAAAGCAAAUUUAGAAAAGAAAGUUAUGAAUAAAUACUUUGUUUUUUAGUUAAUCAAUCUGGUACUUGCACAGUUUUUUUCUACAGCAUUUGUGGUUCUGAAAAUGCAAAUACCCCAAUAGUGAUGUCAGCAGUGAAGACUGAUGUGCAUUUGUAGAAACAUACAGGAUUACAGAAACACUUUUAAGAACUUAGGGCUUUAGCUUUGAGAUAUAGUUUAGAUUUAAGGUUUUGCUAACUCGUGUUUAUUCUUGAAUAUGACUAGCCCUGUCUUAGUGUGAAGUAAAUGUAAAUAAGUUAUGUUGUAGGAAGAUACCAAGGUGGUUUUCCUCUUUUGUUCCAUUUUCAGUGGGAACAUUCCUUUUGUAAGCACAUUAUUUGUCACAAUAAACCAGAUGUUCUGACUCUU